AUGUCCUUUCCGCCACCUCCAGGUCUCAAACAGACGCCCUCGUCACUCCCUCCGCGCCCGCCCCCAUCCUCCAACUCGUCGGGUCAUGGCGGGUCCUCGCGCCCCUCGGGCUAUAGCGCCUUCACAGCAUUCGCGCCACGCUCCGUAGCCUCCUCCAGCCAGCCGCAGCGCACCAGCAGCCCCGCGGUCUCUGCUCCGCCAGUUUCCUCAGCAGGGUAUGCGGCGCCGGCACCGAGCUACGGGAAUUACUAUCAACAACCGCAACCGCCGCAAAGCUACCAAAGCGGGCCUUCCUACUAUGGAGCACAACCCCUGUACAAUGACAACACAUACGGCCCGACCGUCCCACAUAUUCAAAACCCCUUCGGUCCCACGCCAACUGGAAAAAAUGGCUACGACCCCGAGACCGAAGCCCAGAUCGCCCAAUGGCAGAGCGCCUAUGCCAAUCCCAGUGACGACUCCGCGAGCAGAGGCGCCGCCCGAGUCCAGUCCGCUGCUAGCACGGGCGCAACACCCUCCAGCGGAACUGGCGCAGGCACACCUCUCCCUCAGCCAGAGUCGCAGAAGACCGUCCCUCGGACCGGCGGCGGUCAAUCGUGGAACGACCCGACGCUGCUAGAAUGGGACCCAGCGCAUUUCCGUCUGUUCGUGGGGAAUCUCGCAGGCGAAGUCACCGAUGAGUCGUUACUGAAGGCGUUCGCGCGGUACACCUCCGUCCAGAAAGCGCGCGUCAUCCGUGAGAAGCGCACGCAGAAGAGCAAAGGGUAUGGAUUUGUGAGCUUCAGUGAUGGCGACGACUACUUCAAGGCUGCGCGUGAGAUGCAGGGUAAAUACAUCGGGUCUCACCCGGUUCUCCUGCGCCGCGCGACCACCGAAGUCAAGCCGACGUCGAACACUAAGGGUGGCAAGAAGGGAGGCGGUGGUGGUGGGCGUGGUGGACAGUCGGGCAAGACCAAGCACGACGGGAUUAAGAAGUCUGGCAAGACGAAGGGUGGCUUGAAGAUUCUGGGUUAA